UUGUCAUUCUAUCAAAAUCAAAUCAAAUCAAACUUCAAACUUUUUGCUACUGCUAACUUGUACCUAUUGACGAGUUUACAAUGUAAACUAUUAUUGAAAAUUGAAUCACUUUAAUAAAUAAAGUGGGUGCUAUCGUACAUUGUGCUGUAUUGACGUAAUAGUUAUUAAUUGAAGCAAGGAUAAUAUCAACGAGCCUUUGGUGCAAUACUGGGUUACAAUCAAUACAGAAGUAUGUUUUGAUGCGUGAAAACUAUUCAAACUGGUUGUUGUUUGAAUUGGUACUGUCUUUAUAUUUUGUGUACACUUUCUAACGUGCUGAAAGUUUUGCCUCAAAAUGUCUUCAAAUUAUUACGACUACUAUGAUGGUAGCAAGAUAUUUUUAUUUUUAUCUAAUAAAAUCGGUCUUCCAAUUGAUCUGGUUAAUUUUUUGAUUGCACAAUUAGCUGCAUUAUGCGUCGCCAGACUUUUUCGGAAACCAUUAAAGCUAGCUUCGCCAGAAUUUCGACAUUCAUUGUGCCUUGUUAUAGGGUUGCUUAUGGGAUAUUUCUGCUUUGGAAAGCAAGCAGUACAUCUAUCAGUCCUACCCAUGCUGAGUUAUACAUUACUUAAGUCCGGGCCACAACAUUUGAUUGGAAACAUAACCCUCACAGCAUCUAUGUUAUAUUUGUCAUGUUUACAUGUGCAUCGACAAAUGUACCACACUGGGGACUACACACUUGACAUAACAGGUCCAUUAAUGGUCAUCACCCAAAGAGUUACAUCAUUGGCGUAUUCUCUACAGGAUAACUUGACGAAAAAGGAAAUAAACGCAAACUCUGUGGAACAAUCCUCUGUGAAGGAUCAAUCUCGAAUGGUUAAAAUACCGUCGCCAUUGGAAUAUUUUUCUUACACGCUAGCGUUUCAAACAUUAAUGUGUGGACCUGUCGUGUUUUACACAGAUUACAUUACUUUCAUUGAAGGCGAUGUAAUCAAUGAGAAAAAGAACAUAUCAAGGGAUAGCAAGGAGCCGUCGCCACGUUUGGCCGUGCUGUACAAAGUCGCCGGCUCGGUGGCCGCCGCCGUGCUAUAUCUGUCUCUCGCGAAGAAGUACCCGCUGACGGCGCUGGAAGAACUAACAGAUCCCACUUCUGAAGUGGCUCGGUCGUGGUCGAUGUUCUAUCUCCUAUGGUACGCGUAUUUGUCGACGCUUGUGGUGCGAUGCAAGUACUACCACGCGUGGCUGCUGUCUGAGGCAAUUUGCAAUAAUUCAGGAAUGGGAUUCAAUGGCUACGACAACAAUGGCUCGCCCAAGUGGGACAAGAUGUCCAAUAUUGACGUGUUCGGUUUCGAGUUCGCGCAGAACUUCCGCGACGCGGUGUCGAGCUGGAACAAGAACACGAACGCGUGGCUGCGCACCGUGGCGUACGAGCGCGGCGGCGCGGCGUGGCGCACGGCGCGCGUGUACGCGCUGUCGGCGCUGUGGCACGGCUUCCACCCCGGCUACUACCUUACCUUCUUCGCCGGCGGGCUCUUCACCGUCGCCGCCAAGAAGGUGCGAGCUUUCGCCCGUCCGAUGUUCCUGCAGAGCCGCCCCAAGAAGCUGCUGUACGACGCUCUGACGUUCGCGACCACGCGGGUCGCCAUGACGUACGCCACCGUGCCCUUUGUUUUGCUUCAUCUGUCGCCGAGCUUGGCUUUUUACGGAAAAUUAUACUACUCGUUGCACUUCGUAGCGCUGGGCGCUAUAUUUCUGCCGGCAACGCGUACCUGCACCCGCUCCGCUACCCAGAACUACCCCGAGCUUCCUUCGACGUCUUCCAAGUUCACAAAAGAGGGCCAAACGCGAGAUGUCUAUGAACCGAAUGGUAAACUCAAGGCUUCCUAAAUAGAUUCCUUAAACUUUUUAUACACAGUACAAUAAACUAGGGAUAUAUGGUAUUAAUAGUAUAAUGAUAUAAGUGCGGUAAGUUGAAAAUUACAGCCGAGGCGAUAUUGCAGCUCGAGCCAAAGGCGAGAGCUAUAGUAAGGAAGCAGAGGCUGUAAUUAUCAAAGCGCACGUAUGUCAUACGACGUUUUAUAACACAUUUGCGAAGAAACACACUUUCUGACAAUGAAUUUGCAUCUUUGCCUGUUUUUUAUUUGAUGACAUUUUGACACGCUUGUCAAAAUGUAAUCAAAGUUUUUAGGCAAUUGCACCAAAAACAGCCAGUAUUACUAAUAAAGUAAAUUAAUAUUUUUGUGUUUCUGUUAUAGAUAAAUGGUUGUCAUUUAUUAUCAAAAUUAUUAAAAUGAAAGAUUUAAAUGUUUAUUUAUUAUAUUUUAUUCCACGAAAUUAAUUUUAUUGAUAAAAUGUUGAGCACUUUUCUCACAUAAAAACUUUUUGCCAAGAUUAAAAAAAAUACCAUUCGUUUUUAGACAGAUGACAAAGGUUUUUUAUUACAGUACUGCACAUGUGCAUUUUACAUUACAUUACGGCACAUGUGCGUAAUGAGAUACAUUACAAUAUUGAAAUUGGUGUAAUAAGCGAUUCUUUACGAGCAAAUGUGUUAUAAAAAAAUACAAUAUUUUAGAUAUUUUAUUGAAAGACACGAGUAUAAAACAUAAAUUUAAGUUAUAAUAGAGUAUUCGUAAUACCUACCACAUAAGCAUUUAACAGUAUUAAUGAAAAACCAGCACAAAUUUGUAUUUUAAAAACAUUAUAUUUUUACAAUAAAUUAAUUACUAUACACUUUUACUACCAGUUAAUAGAGUUUUAAGAGUUACUAAUGUUAAUUAAAUUUAAUGCUCUUUCCAAUACCUAUCAUAAGGAGUUUAAUUUAUGUUACAUUUAUUUUAUUUAUGUUCAAUUUUAAUUUACUUUAGGAUUAUUAGAAUUAAAUAUACAUUUGAUUGUUACGUUACACAGUAAAUAUUUUGCAAUGACUUUUUAUAUUUUUUUUACUACAUAUUUUUUUAACAGUAAUUAUUAUGGUAUAGAAUGUAACGUUUAUUAUCUGUCACAAUGUUUAUCAGGAUUCAUUCUGUCUAUCCAUUAUUCUUAGUUUAUAAAAUAUAUAUUAUAAUAUAAUAGCAUUUAGAAAUUUUGAAUGGAAUGUGCCACAGAGUUCAAACAUAAAAGAUGAGUAUAGUUUUGGAUAAAAGAAAUAUUUUCAAAUCGUUGCAUUAUAAUAAACUAGUGAGCCACAUGAAAACUAUAAAUAAAGACAUUAUUUAUGAAAUCGCAGGUGUGAGAAUAUUUUUUGUUAGUAUUUAUUUUAGAAUACCACUUAUGUUGUUUAUUUACUCGUAUUGGUAUAAAAGACUAACAUUAUUUACAUGAUAAGCUUUACUAAUGUUUUACUGUCAUAUGUUGCGUAUGUUGUAUUUAAAAAAUCGAAAACUAAAAAGUUGCUUGGUCACCCUAAGGAAUUUUCAAAAAUUCCUCUCAUCACCCUUUUUUUCAAAAAUAUUCAAAGUAUUUUAAUUUAAUUGGAUGGUGUAUUUUGCGUUUUAUCCAUUAAUUACGGGACACCCUGUACCUAUAUCAAUACCUUGAAAAUGAAAGUUUGACAAAGAUAUAUUUCAAGCAACUGGUGGUCAGGGCUCCAGAGUGAGGAACCUUCUCACAAUACGCGCCGUCUCAAGAAUCACUUUAUCCGAUCCUUGAUCCAGCAGUUAAGUGAAAGCUUCUAAGUUGUUGGUCGAACAUUUUCGCUAUAAGAAACUACUAUCGGAAUAACAAUAGUUGACUCAACAUUCCACAUGGCGGUAAUCUCGUGAGCAAGGUCCUAGGAUUUUGAACACAUAUGCCUUAUGCAACUGUUGUCUAUAAUUAUAAUAAAUCUGUAGAGAGAUCAAUUAUGUACAUGAAACAUAUUUCCAAAAUAACUAUCAGGGAGUGAUUAGUGAUUGAUACUGAUGCCAAAAGCGCAAUAAUAUACACAGACAAUCCGAGAUGAAAAUGUGACAAGUGCACACAAUACUAAAUGUUAUGUGUUAAUGCAGUAAUAAAUUUGUAUUGUCAAUUAUACCUAUAUAAAAAAUAAAUACACAUAUAUAACAUAUUGUGUUAAUCUAAUAAUGAUAUGUACAAAGAUAUUAUGACCUGAUAUUUUUUUUAUAAAAAUACAUAAUUUAUUCUAUAUUUCAAUAUGUACCUCAAUUUGAAGUUAAUGUGUUAUGUAUAAGUUGUGAGCAUUGGUUGUUACAUUAUAAUAAUGUUCAGAAUAAAUGUUUAUUUUAAUACAUAAGUUAUUUUUAUUUACCAUUUACCUAAUAAUGUGCCCUGCAGUUUUGCGUCCUUAGUCUUUAUUCAAUACUAGCUGACACCGCGCGGUUUCACCCGCGUGGUUGCUGUUCCCGUAUGAAUAAAGGGAUAAUAUAUAGCCUUCCUCGAUAAAUGGGCUAUCAACAUAAUAACACUGAAAGAAUUUUUCAAAUCGGACCACUAGUUCCUGAGAUUAGCGCAUUCAACCAAACAAACUCUUCAGCUUUAUAAUGG